GAGAGGGAUCAGAGAGGGAGAGGAAGAAUGCCGUCACUCGUCUGCAGUGUGAGCGACUGAAAGACAAGAGAGGAAAAAGAGGAGGAAAAAGAGGAGGAGGCAGCGAGCCACACAGAGAGAAACUUUGCUCACACACACACACAGACUCUCUGCUGGAAAGAAACCUCACACACGUUUGUGUGUUUGUGUUUGACAACGGAAAGUUUCCUGAAACAGAUUCAGAGACGGAAAACUUCCUAGAAAACUCUUUCCUCCGAGUUUUAUUCAGCUGAUCGAAGAGGAGCAGACUUACAGGAGUGCAUGAUGGGAACGUCUUAAGUCCACACGGACCCCUGAAGACCUGAACACCUUGUCCUGCAGCGGUGGAAGAGACAGGCAGCAUGCCGGCCAGGUUGUCCCAGGGACGGAGCUCUCCGGCUGGGGCAGGAGGGCGGCUGCUGCUGCCUCUGCUCCUGGGUCUGAUGAUGAUGACGAUGAAGGUGAUAGAGGCGGCGAGCGUCGAGGAGGCGGAGAGCGGGGAGAGCGAGGAGAUCCUGGAGGAGGACGAUGAGGCCAUCAGCGCGGAGAUGCUGGAGCCACUGCAGAUCUGUCCAGUGUCUCCGAUGCUUUUCCCACAUUUUUGAAGUUUUUUUUCCCGAGGAGCCGCCAUCCUCGGAUCUGUCCAGAGUUUCUCCUCUCAACUCCUGGCUGAUCUUCAGAAGAAACUCCAACAAGGGGGACAACCGGAGAACCAAAGGAUCCAGGAGAACCUCAAAGCAUGGUCUUCCCGGCCCUCCUGGCCCUCCGGGCCCCCAGGGGCCUCCAGGGCCCCCCGCUCCCCUCCUGCCCCAACAACAGCAGCUGAUCCAGGAUCUGCAGCUCAAACUGAGAGAAACAAUGGCAGCGUUUGAUUCCCCGUCUCUCUCAGACCUGGCAGCAGGAGGAGUGUGUUUCCUGUGUGAUCGGCCUCCUCGUGUCUCCACCUCCUUCCUCAGGCGCCUCCCAGCAGCCGUCGUCAUCCCUCGCCGCAGCCUGCUGGAGCUGCAGCCAUUCAGCCAGCCCUCCGACUCAGAGCGGAGCCUCCAGAGAGGUCAGAGCUUCAACGCCAGCACCGGCCGCUACGCCGCAGCCGUCUCCGGCUUCUACCAGCUCACAGCCAGCCUCCUCAUAGAGUCAGGAGACAGAGUCCAGGUGAGACUGAGAGACAGCGUGAGAGCAGCGAUCUGCAUCGAGUCGCUCUGCCAGAGCAACCUCUCUGUGGAGUCUGUGAUGGCCGUGGCUGCAGCGGGAGGAACAUUCAGCAUCCUACUGACAGGAACGCUCUAUCUACAGGCUGGAGAGUACGUGUCUGUGUUUGUGGACAACGCCACCGGGUCGACCAUCAGGGUCCUGCAGGACUCUCUGUUCUCUGGGAUUCUGCUGGGAGUCUGAACACUUCGGACCACGAGCAGCCACGUGGUUCCACAGCAACCGACAGGGCUGCACAUCAUCAUCGGAUAUCCAUACGCUUCACAAGAUAGUACCGUUGUUUUUGAUUUCCUGUCAGAGGCUAAAUGAUCUUCUACAGAGCUGAACUCUGGAGCAUCAUCUAGUGGACUUUAUAAGAACUGGGACUCACCUUCUUCUCGGGACGGCAUUUAUUUAACUGAUCUUCGAACGGCUGAUGAUAUUUUCAUAUUUCAUAUGUUAUUGAAUCAUCAUAUUUAAGCAGUUUCAUGCCAAAGAGUUUUUCUUUCAGGCCGUCGAAACCCUGAAACAGAAGACGUUUCUUAAAGUAAAACUAUAAAGAAUAAUCACCUGAACCUGCUCAUCACAGCAGCUGUAAUUACUUUAAUAUUAAUAUUUAUUCUCUGGAUGUGAUAAACAAGUUGUGAAUGAUUCUGAUAAUAAAAUCUUGUCUUGUUUA